UGCGUGCCAUGACUUUUAAGGCCCUUGUUGAAGUUUCAAUAGUAGAUCUGCCAGUCAAAAAUAAAAUAUAGUAACAAUCCAUAACCACCACAUCUUAUGGAGUUCAUCCUCUAGUCCUGGGGAAAAAAUAACAAGCAAGCGGCACAGAUAUUACAAGUCAAACGGUGAAUUAGAUUUGCUAGUCCAGAAUGCUCUCUUUGACUUCAACCAGCACCUGUAGAUGGAAGAGCCAAUCAUAUGGGUGGCAGCUCCAAUCAAACAUCUCAGAUUCUUUCAAGAUUUUUCUAGUGAAAAAUUAACUCAACCUUUUAGCAGCUGAUCAAUUACUUCAGUGGCGAAAAACCCGAAUCAAUUUCUCAGCAACUGAGGAGACGGAACAACGAGAAAAGAUCAAAUGGUUAAGCUUGGCUGUACAGUUGACGGGAACUUGAACGAAGCAAAGUUCAGCGAGCCACUUCCAUGGAUUGGCAUAUACAUUGCAGCAGCUUCUCUAGCCUGUGCAAUUGCUAUGGCUGCCGAUUUUAUUCACGGUAUCCGCUGUCGAAAGUACUGGUUUCCGAGCAAAUUCUGCUGUAUCAAUGCCACUUCAUUGACGAUUCUUGCAGUUGCAAUCAAGCUGUCCGUAGAUCUAAAUACUCCUAUGCCCCGUCGUGUGGAUCAGCUUACAAAGCUCAGCAGUGGAGUCUUGAUUUGCACACUGAUGGGUAACUCUAUGCCUUCUCUAGGAAAUAUGGAAAAUACAGAAUUAAUGAUGAAUAUAAUAGCUCUCGGAAUACUUGUUAUUACUGUUAUAGUUAAUAUAUGCAUCCAAUUAGGAACAGGUGUGAUCUAUCUGCAUGGGAGAGAGCAUGCAUUAACUAUGUUCUUCAUGCUCAUUUUGCUUCUGCUAUUGAGCUUUUCUGCUUUAACAGUGCCAACAACUAAGAGACACUUAGAGACCAAAUAUAAGAAAAAAUAUGAAAUGGCUGUGAAAGAAUGCUCGUAUGAGACUGAUUGUGCAUUGGAAAAGAAACUUAAAAAUGAUAUAAUGAAAUUCUGGAUGAUGGCUCAUACCUGCAGCCCCCAAUUUGUGAUGGGGCGUUCCGUUACAUGUACUGCUGCAGGCGCAUUCAGCCUCCUCAGCGCUGCGACGUUAGCAGAAGCCAUGCUGAGAUCUUACUUGAUGCCUUGGUCAUUGAAAUUUUGCUCCGGUGAGUCUGAUUAUAAGUGGUCAACCAUCUUAAUUCUUAUAACACAGUCCAUGGCAAUAGGAGUCGGAACUAUUGCCCCUGCGAUUAGAUGGUUCUCUGCUAUAAAUUUCAGGUGUCCAACAAUAGGGAAGAAGUACUGCUCAAGAGAAUUCAAAGUAGAAAGUUACUGGAUUGAAUUGUUAGUAGAGAUGAAAGAGUGCCCGUUCACCAUUAAAAUCAGGAAUCGGAACUGUAGGAAACUUGCCCAUAAUGCAAAAAAUAAAAUCUUGAAUCUAUGCAUUGGAAUGCAAAUAGGAAUCGUGUUGGUGAGCAAAGUUAUUCGAUUCAUUUCUCUUUACUUCAUGAGCUACAUUUUAUCAUUCAGUAACUGCUGCAAAAAGUUGAUCAAGCUUAAAUCAAACAUCAUAAAUGACUCUGGAUUAGACUCACAACCCAGCUCAAAACCUGAUCUUAGCCGUUUUGUUUUGCAUCUGGAAGGUGAGACGCAAUUAGUAGAUUUGAUGAUGAAUUCCAAUUGUGAUGCUACCAAUCACUGGAUACAGAAGGGCAGGAAGAAACAGCCCAAACAACUUAUAGAAUUGUUGGAAAAAUCAUCCAAAGGACUCCAGGGGGUGAGAGAAUUUGACAGUGACCUAGUUCAAUCUCUAGAUUGUGAAGAACCGCCAAACUGUUGGGCACUUCCGGUAGCGACUCUGACAGCCAUUGCAUUUGCAAUUCCUGAUAUCGACAGCGGUUUAAAGAAGCAGUUGAAGAGUAGUGUGCAUGAAGGCCUCAUCUAUGUCAAACAUAUUGAGGACAACCUGGAUAAAGAAGAAGACAUGAGUAACAUUAGAAAGGCAGCAUAUAUGGUGUGGCAAGGAAUUGAUCUAUGUCAUAAAUGGCUAGAUAUCGAUCUUAAUAAAUUGUCAUCCCAAGCAGAAUCCGCAAAGGAAGUGCUGGAAGGACUUGCUGAUGCUGCAAAAGAAAGGUACAUGGAGUUUAAGAAUAAAUACACGAACGAAUGUCAAAAGGAAAUCCCUUCAAAUUGGCCCGUCAAGGUACUGGCUGCAAACUCCAUGUAUAGAAUAAGCCGGACCAUUCUAUACCAUUAUGAAAGAAGCAACAUCAAUACCAGUGACAGAUUAUACGAAGCAGUAACUAUCAUGAUCUCAGAUAUACUGGGUGCUUGUCUCACCAACAUUCAAAAUGUCAUAACGAUAAAAUGUUCGAGCAGCUCAAUUGAGAUGCGGGAAGAAAGUGUGCGCCAUGCAGUUUUCCUUCUAGGCGAAACAGAAACAAUUCUGAAACAUCUACACCAAAAAGCAAUUCCCGCUUUAGGUCCAGAGGAAAUAGUGCAUAUCGAUGGAUGGCGUUCAAUGUACAAGCGGAAUAAUGAUUUACUCUUCCCUCCAUCUUCAAUAGCAACUGAUAAAAUUUCUAAAUUUUCAUCUGACUUGCUGCUUACCCUUGAGUAAAAAGUACAAACUUAUGAAUAAGCAAGCUAAAAAGUUCAGUUUUCCUUUACAGUAUGAUGCUUGAUGUAAAUACUAGACAUUCAUGUCAAUAUGUGAUAGUCAUGUAAUCGAGAAGUAGAAGCUUUGUUUUGAGGUAUGAUAAUGACAAACCAAUGGUACACUUCACAAUA